UAGAACUAUAUGUAUAUGACACUAUUAUAAAACGAAAUUUGACAAGAAAAUUGUCUCGAGCUAUCCAGGGUUGGGGUCCGAAUUCUACUGAAAAAUUGUCAUACGCGAUGCAUAGAUGCUACAUAUUGCGAAACAUGGCUCUUUCUCCUUGCACGGUUGGACGGCUACGUCAUUGCUUUUCGGGGAUUUUCCCUAGGAUUUGCGGUGUUUCAGCACUUAAAGGACUAAAACAACCAUCUAGGAACCAAGGAAAUUAUGUACCAGUUGAUGAUGUUGUAUCAGGACUCACAGAGGAGCAAAAACAGCUCCGAGAAACUGUAUUCAAAUUUGCCCAACAGGAGUUGGCACCCUAUGCAGCCGAAAUCGAUGCCAAAAAUACAUUUGAUAACUUGAGGGAAUUCUUUAAGAAGAUGGGCAGUAUGGGUUUCCUUGGAAUCACUGCACCAGAGAAGUAUGGAGGAAUGGGAGGAAGUUACACUGAUCAUGUGAUCAUCAUGGAGGAAUUAUCGAGAGCGUCCGGGGGAAUAGCUCUCAGUUACGGAGCCCAUUCCAACCUCUGUGUCAAUCAGCUUGUAAGGAAUGGGAACGAGGACCAGAAGGCAAAAUAUCUGCCCAAGCUUAUCAGUGGAGAGUACAUUGGAGCCCUAGCAAUGAGUGAAUCUGGAAGUGGAUCUGAUGUUGUUUCCAUGAAGCUCAAGGCAGAACGAAAAGGUGACUACUAUUUAUUGAAUGGCAGCAAAUUCUGGAUUACCAAUGGGCCUGAUGCAGAUGUACUGGUAGUCUACGCCAAAACAGACCUUGGUGUAGAACCAAGCCAUGGCAUCACAACGUUCCUCAUCGAAAAGGGCAUGGAUGGAUUCAGCACCGCACAGAAGCUUGACAAGCUGGGUAUGAGAGGGUCUAACACAUGUGAACUGGUCUUUGAAGAUUGUAAAGUUCCGGUUGAGAAUGUGAUGGGGUCCCUGAACAAAGGAGUCUAUGUCUUGAUGAGUGGUCUGGAUCUGGAGAGGCUGGUUCUGGCCGCUGGACCGAUCGGUUUAAUGCAAGCAGCUUGUGAUGUAGCAUUCCCAUAUCUUCAUCAAAGAAAGCAGUUUGGUCGACCUAUCGGAGAGUUUCAGUUAAUGCAAGGGAAGAUGGCUGAUAUGUUCACGAGGUUAAAUUCAAUCAGGUCGUACGUCUACAACGUUGCUCGUGCUGCGGAUCGGGGUCAUGUGAGCGCCAGGGAUUGCGCAGGGGUGAUUCUUGUAGCCGCCGAGACUGCAACACAGGUCUGCUUAGAUGCCAUUCAGUGUUUAGGGGGUAAUGGAUACAUCAAUGACUAUCCUACCGGUCGGCUGCUCCGAGAUGCCAAGCUCUACGAGAUUGGAGCAGGGACCAGCGAAGUCAGGAGACUCAUCAUCGGACGGUCGUUCAAUGAAGAAUUCAAAUCUACACUCUAAAAAUCAUCACUUAUUAUUUUGUCAAGAUAAAUAGGAUUUAUAUUUCUUUCUUGUCACAUAAAAAGGCAAGGAAUACAGUUUUUAUUUUGAUGUCAUAUUGUUUGUUAUUGUUUGUGAUGAAAAAAUGAAGAAAUGGUACAGAGGAGUCACAAUGUAUCCCUGAGAAAUUUGGUGAUGUACUGUCAGACUUGAAUGCGUUAAGGCUCAUUCACAUAAACUGGUUUACCGCAGCGUUUUUUUUUAAUUGUUGGUGUUUGUACUAAAGGAAUGGCAAGUGGGGAUCAAAAAAGUAUCUGCAUGCAAGAUUGGUCUUAUGGGUACUCACUUAUCUGUGUAUUAAGAUACAAAAAUUGUUAAGCACAGUUGUGAAUGCCCCGCAGUGGUUCACCACAACCUAUGCGAAUAAACCCUUGUUUUUAGAAAUCAACUUUUCCUAGUCUAUUUUUACCCUUGUGAUGGGGGAACAAAGAUUAGGAUGUUUUCCCGUACUUCUUGAAGUCAGUAAAGAAUGCAGUUUUUGGCUUUAUACACUGGUUAAGAAUUUGAUAUUGUCAAUCAUGUUCUGGUUGAUUGUAUAUUGCAUUGGUUGAAGAGAUGCAGGGCAGGCUUUAAUAGCAUAAUAUAUGCAUUAUUCACAGAAUUGCCCAGAUAAUCUUUCCUGUAACCCGAUUGCGUUUUUCUUGCGACACCUGUCAUCAUUACAUGUACAUAAAAUGCAAUAAAAAUGUAACGCGAGCAUCCAAAGAGUAUAGUUUUCUCAGAAGAAGGAAUAUCAGCAUUGAUACAUGUAUGUGCAGAGAGAAAAAAUAUUGAAUCAAAUUUCUAAUGUAUGUAGCCUUUAGCUCAGGAGUUUAUAAUGUUUAUAACUUACAAGGGAACUGCUCGUACAUUAAUGUUUACAGAUCAAUGUUACAUUGUACACAAAACAUGUAAUACCAAAAUCAAAUGACAUAUGACCAUGUCAUGUGUAGGAGGAGAGAUUUCUCAAAAUUAGAUAAUCAGUCUCAGAGAAAAGUUUUGUAUUUUAAAGGUGCCUCUUUGUUUGACUAAUGACAUGAAAAUGAUAUUCUGUAGAAUAUAAUUCUUCUUCUUCUGUAGAAGUACAGGCCACCGUGUUGUCAGUGUAUCUUUGUACUCUUAAACUUGUGCAGUUACAUGUACAGUGCUGUGGAAGAUCUAAUCUAUGUGCGGUUAAAAAGAACAAGCGCAAUCCUAGCGCAACUGUGUAUAAUGCACCUCAGUCUUAAAGCUGGCAACUGAGGUGCAGGCGAUUGUACUUGCAGGGAGACGUCCCACAGUCUGAUGGUGGCAUCUAUCUAUUUAUCAAUGUCCCGUAGCUUGGAAGCCGUUGGGGCAGCAAUGAAAUUGUAUUGAGACACUGGUUCUCUAUAACCUUCUGUCUUCACCUGUUCAAGUUAGCUGCUCAAAUGACAUGCCCGUCCACUGCUCGAUGUUAUCAGUCCAUGUCCUAGUUAGUCUGCACCUCCUUCUACUUCCAUCAGUUCCUCCUUGCAAGAUGGUGUUUGCCAAGCUACUCUUCCAUCUAGGUACAUGCUCAAACCACUGUAGCUGUCUUCUUUUCACAGUUGUGAUGAGGGAAUCAUGUUCCCCUAUAUAGCUCUCUGUUAUCUCUCUCACUUUCUUGUUGGACGUAUGCAAAGUGCAGCGGAUAUGCUCGAGUGAAUACUCAGGACUUCUGUAACUUAUCAGGUUAUUUAUCAGAUUAUAAAGCCAUGCAAUGCAUAACAUUGAGCUGUAUUGAGUGUUACAUACGUACACUGUGACAGUGUAUAAAGGAAAGCUAUGAAUAUAUAAUGAUAUUUUUGAUGGUGUGCUAUUGUACAAAUUAUUGAUAAGAAUGGUGUUGUGGUAAUAUCUUAAUCUUUAUGACUUUCCUAUAAUUUGGUGGUUAUGGCCUUCUUCAUACAUGUAUGUGACAUGGUUAAUGCAGUCUGUCAUAAGAAAAUCACACAAAGAGCGCUCCCAACAAGACAAUAAAAUCAUGAAUGGAGGUUCAUUAGUGUAAAUUGUUGAGGUUUGACCGGCAAUGAUUUUCAAUGCCCUUAACAGUGGAAACUCGUUAUAAUGAGAAAAUUGGGACCAUGAAUAUUACCAUGUUAGUAUAUCAGGUGUUAAAGAAUACCCCCCCCCCAAAAAAAAGAGAGCUUGACCGGCGAAAUCACCUUCAUAUGAAUGUAUAUCUUGUUGUAUCGGAGCUCUUCCAAAUGAGUUUCCAUUGUGAAAAAAAGGAA